CUCUUGGAAAUACUACACGGGAGCGCACAGGGAGCGCUUUGCUUUCGCAGACACCAGCAGACAACAAAACACACACACACUAAAUGCGUGCCUAAAAUAGCGAGCACCGUGGAUUUGCAGGAAUUAAAAGCUACAAAGGAUUUUUUGGAGGCGCGCUCGAAUUCUCUGAGAUCGUCCAUCUACGGUGUUCGCAUGAAUCUCCUCGACCCCUACCUGAAGAUGACGGAUGAGCAAGAGAAGUGUCUGUCUGAUGCCCCCAGUCCGAGCAUGUCCGAGGACUCCGCAGGCUCGCCCUGCCCGUCCGCCUCAGGCUCAGACACCGAGAACACGCGCCCGGCGGAGAACAGCCUGCUGGCCGCGGACGGGACGCUCGGAGACUUCAAGAAGGACGACGAGGACAAGUUCCCGGUGUGCAUACGAGAGGCGGUGUCUCAGGUGCUGAAGGGCUACGACUGGACCCUGGUGCCCAUGCCGGUGAGGGUGAACGGGUCCAGCAAAAACAAGCCGCACGUCAAGAGACCGAUGAACGCGUUUAUGGUGUGGGCGCAGGCGGCGCGCAGGAAACUGGCCGAUCAGUACCCACACCUCCACAACGCGGAGCUCAGCAAAACUCUGGGAAAACUUUGGAGAUUGCUGAACGAGGUUGAAAAGCGUCCUUUCGUGGAGGAGGCAGAGCGCCUUCGGGUGCAGCACAAGAAAGAUCACCCCGACUACAAGUACCAGCCCCGGCGGAGGAAGUCGGUGAAGAACGGCCAGAGCGAGUCUGAGGACGGCAGUGAGCAGACCCACAUCUCACCCAACGCCAUCUUUAAAGCGCUCCAGCAGGCGGACUCGCCCGCGUCCAGUAUGGGAGAAGUGCACUCGCCUAGCGAACACUCAGGCCAGUCCCAGGGGCCGCCCACUCCUCCCACCACCCCGAAAACUGACACACAGCCAGGCAAAGCGGAUCUGAAACGAGAGGCCCGUCCUCUUCAGGAGAACACCGGACGUCCGCUCAGCAUCAACUUCCAGGACGUGGAUAUCGGCGAGCUGAGCAGCGAUGUUAUCGAAACUUUCGACGUCAAUGAGUUUGACCAAUACCUGCCACCGAACGGUCACACCAAUGCACCCUACGCCGGAGGAUACGCCGCCUGGAUGACCAAACCCCAAAACGGCAGCCCUCAAAGCGGCCAGCUGACCCCGCUGAACCCCGCAGAACCAGACCAGCCCAGAACGACGCAUAUUAAAACCGAGCAGCUCAGCCCGAGUCAUUACAACGAGCAGCAGGGGUCUCCGCAGCAUAUCAGCUAUGGUUCCUUCAACGUUCAGCAUCUCCAGCAUUACAGCACUUCGUUUCCAUCCAUCACCAGGGCGCAGUAUGAUUAUUCCGAUGGCCACCAGGGCGGCGCCAGCUCCUAUUACACCCAUGCUGGAGGUCAGAGCUCCGGGCUGUAUUCCACCUUCAGCUACAUGAGCUCCAGCCAGAGGCCCAUGUAUACACCCAUUGCUGACUCUACAGGGGUGCCUUCCAUCCCUCAGUCCAACCACAGUCCGCAGCAUUGGGACCAGCAGCCGGUGUACACGCAGCUGUCCAGACCCUGAGCACAUCUGAAAGUGCACUGAAAAAAAAUGAUCCAUUGGAUUUACUACAUUUUGACUACAAGGUAAGUGGUUGCAAACAAUUUAUAUGGGUUGAACUUAAAGAAAUUAAAUUUAGUAAUGUUCAACUUAAUUUGCAUGCCCAUAUAAGUCGUUUUGCAACCACUUACCUUAAAGAAAUGUAGUAAAUCUAAUAAAUAAUGUUUUGUUCGGUGCAUGAUGGGAAAGACUCAAACACAGCAUUCCACUCACUCCCCUUAAAGGGAUAGUUCACCCACAAAUCCACGUUUUUAUUGUUCUGUCGAACACAAAAUAAGUUAAUCUGAAGAGUUUUUUUGAGUCUGUAACCACUGAAUUGCAUAGUACACUGAAAAAAUGAUUCAUUGGAUUUACUACAAGGUAAAGGGGUUGCAAACAAUUUAUAUGGGCGUUCAAAUUAAGUUGAACAUUGCUAAAUUUGAUUUGUUUGUUUAAAUUCAGCCUAUAUAAAAAGCAUUAGCAAUCACUUACCUUAAAUUAGUAAAUCCAAUGAAUCUUUUUUUUUUUCAGUGUACUAUGCAAGUCAAUGGUUACCGGUUUCCAAAAUUCUUUAGAUUAGCUUAUUUUGUUCAGUGCAUGAUGGGAAAGACCCAAUCACAGCAUUCCACUUGCUCCCCUUAAAGAGAUAGUUCACACACAAAUCCAGAUUUACUCACUAUUUACUCCAAAUUUGAGUUCUGUUUAACACAAAGGAAGUUAAUCUGAUGAUUUUUUUGAAACUGGUAACUAUUGGCUUGCAUAGUGCACUGAAAACACAUGAUUCACUGGAUUUACUCAAUUAUUUUGAGGGUAAGUGGUUGCAAACAAUGUAUACGGGCUGAAUUUAAGCAAACUAAUUAAAUUUAGUAUUGUUCAACUUAGUUUGUUUGCUUAAUUUCAGUGCAUAUAAACUAUUUGCAAUCACUUACCUUAAAUUGGUAAAUCCAAUGAAUCAUUUUGUUUUAUUCGGUGCAUGAUGGGAAAGAUUCAAUCACAGCAUUCCACUUGCUCCUCUUGAAGCAUAGUUCACCCACAAAUCCAGAUUUACUCACUAUUUACUCCAAAUUCGAGUUCUGUUGAACACAAAGUAAGUUCAUCUGAUGAAACUGGUAACCAUUGACUUGCAUAGUGCACUGAAAACACAUGAUUCAUUGGAUUUACUCAAUUAUUUUGAGGGUAAGUGGUUGCAAACAAUGUAUACGGGCUGAAUUUAAGCAAACUAAUUCAAUUUAGUAUUGUUCAACUUAGUUUGUUUGCUUAAUUUCAGUGCAUAUAAUUUAUUUGCAAUCACUUACCUUAAGUUGGUAAAUCCACUGAAUCAUUUUGUUUUGUUCGGUGCAUGAUGGGAAAGAUUCAAUCACAGCAUUCCACUAGCUCCCCUUAAAGGCAUAGUUCACCCACAAAUCCAGAUUUACUCACUAUUUACUCCAAAUUUGAGUUCUGUUGAACACAAAGUAAGUUAAUCUGAUGAUGUUUUUGAAACUGGUAACCAUUGACUUGCAUAGUGUACUGAAAACACAUCAUUCAUUGGAUUUACUCAAUUAUUUUGAGGGUAAGUGGUUGCAACCAUUUUAAAUGGGUUGAAUUUAAUGGGUUCUACAUUUAGUAAUGUUCAACUUCAGUUGUUUGCUUAAAUCAGCCCAUAUCAAUUGUUUUGCAACCACUUACCUUAAAUUAGUAAAUCCAACGAAUCAUUUUUUUCAGUGCGUGAUGGGAAAGACUCAAACACAGCACUCCACUUGCUCCCCUUAAAAGGAUAGUUCACACACAAAUCCACAUUUGCUUACUAUUUACUCAGUCAAUCCAAAUUUGAGUGUUUUAUUCAUCUGUUGAACACAAAAUAAGUCAAUCUGAUGAAUGUAUGUAACCAUUGGCCUGCAUAGUGCACUGAGUUUACUAAUUUCUUAAGUGGUUGCAAACAAUUGAUAUGGGCUGAAUUAAAAAACUAAUUAAAUUUAUUAUUAAAGUACAACUUCACUUGUUUGCUUAAAUUCAGCACAUAUAAAUUGCUUGCAACCACUUAACCUUGUAGAAAUGCAGUAAAUCCAAUAAAUAUACAUUUUUCAAAGUAGGAAAAACUAAUGGAAGUCAAUGGUUACCGGUUUUCAGCUUCUUUUGUGUUCAAACUCCAACAUCCAGCAAACGAAUGAGUAAACGAUGACAGAAUUUUCCCUUCUGGGUGAACUAUCUUCUUUAAAAAACACACACUUGAAUGAAAUCUCCACACACAAUGUCAAAAACUAGAAACGUAGGAAAGCUGGACUUUGAUGAAAGACUUUUGUUUUGUAUUUUGGUUUGUUUUUGGCUCCCGAUGUGCCUUUUUAAUCGCCUGAAUUGUGAUUAGAAUAUAUCUAUAAAUAUAUAUUUUUAGCCUUGAUUGCAAGAAAAGAAACAUUUUUUUGAAGAAAUGAUUCCUCUGUGAGGACUUAUCGAUUAUUGAUACUUUAAUAUGUACUGUGUAUGUUUCUUUUUUUGUUUUGUAUUUUCCGACUUUAGUGUUUUCUUGUAGAAAAGUCUAUUUUUACUAAACCACUCUCGGUAGUUUUUCCUCCACUCUCGUGUUUUCUGACCCUCAUGCAGUGCAUUUUUAUAUUUGAUAGUUCUUUAUUUAUGUUCCUGUAAAAUAGCAACUGUUUUACCAGCUCACAUCUUUAUCCCUUGUCAAAUGUUGGAAGUGAAUUAGCGGGAAAAGCUACGUGGCAGCGGCAGCUGAGAAUUUACCAGCAUGUGUCGCGGCUCACAGGAAACAACCUUUGACCUGCGCUUGUCAUUGGCCGCCUGCAGUCAUGCAAGGUGUCGUCUUACAGCACCCUCUGCCAUCCUAACCCCUUUAAUUUAUUUAUUAGUAUUAAUUUUAUUUCAAAAGAAAUUAUUUGCAUUUUAUUCUUUAAUACUUUAUACAAACAAAAAAAAAUGUAAUUGCUCCUCUGAAUACGGUGACAUAUAAUCCAUGUAGACAGAGAGCUGGUACUUAUUUCUGUAUUCCUCAUGUUUAUUUAUCAUAUGUAGAUUUCUUUUUUGUUCUAUUUUAAAUGUUUGAUUUCUAACCAGUUGUGUGUGAUGCACAAAAUCCUGUCGCAGUUUCUAAACAACAUUAAACUGGAAGAGUAGUUUUCGUUUACCAUGCUCUAAUUGUUUUAUUUUCUAAGUAGUUAGUCGGUUAGUUAGCUUUUUCCCUUUCUGACUUUGUGCUUUACUCGACAUCAGCGAUCUCCUGAUGUUGAUACCUGAUUUUUUUUUUACACACAAGACUGAACAAGUUUUAUGUCUUUAAAACGUUUAACAUUUUACUGCCUUUGAAGAAGCUCAUCUUUUUGUAUUAUAUUUGCAAUAAAAGUGAGAAUAAAACAGAAAA